GUGCCGGUUCGGUUGGCGCAUCAAUAGCUUUCGCCUUACUUAUUCAAAAGAUUUGUUCCACGAUUCUUAUGGUCGAUAUCGUGCAAGAAGCUGUUGAGGGGCAAGUGCUUGAUCUUUCCGACGCGAAUUUCAUUUCUUCCACUCAGGUUCGUGCUGGAACUUUUCAGGAGGCUGGGCAAUGCGAUAUUGUCAUUGUUACUGCUGGUGCCAAACAAAAACCUGGCGAAACACGAGUGGAGUUAAUCGAGAGGAAUUACAAAAUCUUGGAUAAUGUGAUCAAUUCCAUGAAGCCGUUGAAUCCAGAUGUCAUAUUAUUGCUGGUUGCUAAUCCGGUGGACGUGUUGACGCAUAUUGCUCAAAAACUUUCAGGUUUGCCAAAAAAUCAGGUUUUCGGGUCGGGCACCUUCUUGGAUUCAGCAAGAUUGCGACUCAGAUUAGCCCAAAAACUUGGGGUUUCCGAAAGUGCAAUUCACAGUUACGUGCUGGGCGAACACGGUGAUUCGCAAAUAAUUGCAUGGAGUUCGGCUCAUGUUGGUGGUAAACCCCUGUUGGAUUUUCCCGAAAUUGCAAAUCUGGACAAAGAGCUCGUCGCCAAAGAGAUUGCAGGCAAAGCCUAUGAGAUUAUUAAGCUCAAAGUACAUAUGUCGAAGAAUAUGGAUGUGUAUUCAGUAUGCCUGUCGUAUUGGGAAGCAAUGGCAUUGAAAGAAUGA